CAUCUACAAUUUUGUAUGAAUUGCAAUAAGGAUUCGAGUCUCCUUUUGACAUACAUUUCACCAGUUCAGUUGUCAUUCAUCUUGAAGUUGGAGCGGUCUAGAGUCGCGUCGAGCAACCAACCUCAAAACUCGGAGUUUGACUGCCGUGACACUUGCCCCAUUCUAAAGGACAACAACUACACCAAACGAAGUCAAGAUAGCAUCUACUCAAGUCCUGCCGGCCCCGCGUGCUCUGUACAAGACCGUACUGCACGGCAUCUAAACAGCGAAUGAUGGAACAUGGCGGCUGUGCGGGUCUGCGUUUGUGGCGAUGAAGCCACGGGCAAGAGCUCGUUGCUCACGUCGUUUGUCAAGGACGCCUUCGUCACGACCAAGAUUCAACAUGUCUUGCCGCCCAUCACACUGCCUCCCGCGCUCGGCACGCCUGAGAAUGUGCCCACCACCAUUGUCGACACCUCGUCUCUGCCGCAGGACCGAGAUGAGCUCAAAAAAGCACUGCGCAAAUGCAAUGUCAUCUUGCUGGUGUACAGCGAUCACUACAGCUAUGAACGCGUUGCUCUCUUCUGGAUGCCAUAUUUCCGAUCCUUGGGCGUGAAUGUCCCUGUGGUGCUCUGCUCCAACAAAAGCGAUCUCAAUCCCGGCGUCAGCACUGCCAUUGAAGAUGAAAUGUUGCCUGUGAUGGCAGAAUUCAAGGAGAUCGACUCCUGCAUCCGUACCAGUGCGCGUGAGCACCACAACAUCAACGAGGUCUUUUUCCUAUGCCAGAAGGCUGUCACACAUCCCAUUGCGCCAAUCUAUGACUCGAAAGAGAGCAACCUGAAACCAGCCGCGAUCGAAGCACUCAAGAGAGUCUUCUACUUAUGCGACAAGGACCAAGACGGCCUCUUAAACGACAAGGAGAUCCAGAACUUCCAGCACAAGUGCUUCGAAAAGCCCCUCUCCGCAGAGGACCUUGCCAAUAUCAAGCGUUCAAUACAGCGUGGUAGGUCAUAUGCCAACCACACCGAGUAUGAAGAUGCGAACAGCGUCGGAAUCGACGUGGACGGGUUUAUUCAGCUCAACAAGAUGUUCGCAGAGAAAGGUCGCCACGAGACUAUUUGGAUCAUCCUCCGCAAAUUCCAGUACUCGGACAGUCUAUCAUUGUCGGACACCUUUCUGCAUCCCAAGUUCGAUGUGCCGGCGCACGCAUCUGCCGAGCUCUCUCCAGCGGGCUACCGCUUCUUUGUCGAUCUGUUCCUGCUUCACGACAAGGAUAACGAUGGCGGGCUGAGCGAUGCUGAACUGGCUGCGCUCUUUGCCCCAACACCAGGAAUGCCGUCUUCAUGGGUUGACUCCGGAUUCCCCAGCAGUACAGUCUGCAACGAGGCGGGAUACGUGACACUCCAGGGCUGGCUAGCACAUUGGAGCAUGACGACCUUUGAGAACCCGAAGGUGACACUGGAAUAUCUUGCAUAUCUCGGGUUCGAAGGCGAUGGCAAAGGCACGACAUCUGCUCUACGACUGACGAAACCUCGCAAGCGACGACACGGUCCCGGCAGGGUGGAGAGAAACGUGUUCCUUUGCUAUGUUGUAGGUGCGGCGCAGAGUGGGAAAUCCGCGCUCCUCAAUGCUUUCCUUGCCAGGAAAUUCAGCACGGCAUACCAUCCGACCAUCAAGCCUCAAACGGCAGUCAACAGCGUCGAACUACAAGGAGGCAAACAAUGCUACCUCAUUCUCGAAGAGCUGGGCGAAUUGGAACCCGCUAUUCUGGCAAAUCAGGCAAAGCUCGACGCUUGUGACCUGCUAUGCUAUACAUACGACAGUAGCGAUCCGGACAGUUUUGCGCACAUAGUAGACCUGCGCCAACGCUUUCCGGCCUUGGCAGCGCUGCCAUCAGUCUACGCCGCACUCAAAGCAGACCAGGAUCGUGCUGUGCAGAGAACGGAGGUGCAGCCGGACGUGUUCUGUGAGCAGCUCAAGAUGGCCAAGCCGCUGCACGUAUCGGCGAGCUGGACGUCAAUUAACGACUUCUUCGUCCAUCUAGCCGAAUGUGCGACGUAUCCUUCACAGGCGCUUCCAAAGAGCGAGGACGAAGGUGUCGAUCGUGCCACAAUUUACGUCGGUCUUGUCGCUACGAUUGGGGUGGUCGCGGCGUUUGUAUGGAAGCGAAAUUUGCUAUCGGGAUGAUGGAUAAUGAAUUGGUCUCACCUGUGGCGUUAGCACUGCAUUUGUCUUCGAGAUACCCAACUCUACAGCUAGUGGCAAUGUAUUCGGAGAGCGUCCAACAGCAUAGCGUAGGCUA